GCAAGCGACCAAUCCACCUCCCGAGGCACUUUUGAUGUCGUGAAUCACAAUGGGACGGUGAUGCAGACUCUUUGGAAUCGUGCUGCGCAACUACGAUGCGCCUGCCGCUGUCCGCAAUGCCUCCAUUCCGCCACCCAUGGACCGGCGACUCGUCGAGCCACAGUGUCGGCCAGCAAGCGAGUGCCUAAAUACCUCACAUCUUCGACGCUUUGGUACUCAGGGAUAUUUGCCGCGGCUGCGAGCAUUGAUGCAGGCGCGAAAGUGAAGCGGACGGAGCAAUGGGAUCGAGCGAUCGCAGAGGCCAAACAUGAAUUGGACGAGGUGGAGGAGGUAAUCUCGAAACAAACACGACAGACGGAUGAGCUAGAUUUCGGGAGCAGUCUCUCAAAGGAUGGGAAAUCAAAGAGUCAGCAUGAACUAUGGUCAUUCGACGGUGAUGCUCUCGAUGUUCAGACUGAGCUACAUUCGCACUUGACUUCCUCCGUCGCACAUCCGGUCACAAGUAUUACGCAUCGGGAAGAUGCCGUCUGGGAACAUCGCGUUCCUCCACAGUCUAUAUAUGCCUCGGCAUACCGCAAAGCCCGUCACGAUCAAACCCGAUAUGGACCGAAGAAGUUGGAGACCAUCGAACUGGCAAUGGACCUCCUUCAGCUCAAGGCUUUCGCGAAUAUUCAGGAGCGCGGAUGGAGCAUCCGAGCUGCUGCUGCUGUACCCGCUGAGUAUGCUAAGUAUUUGAUGAUGGACAACUCGCGACUGCGAGACUUGUAUAACAGCAAAGUGAGCGACAUCAAACGAUUGCGGCAGGUUCCGGGACUUGAGAUGUCAAAUUUCGAGCGAUCACAGAGUGACCGUCCGUUGUGCGAGUACAGCCAGGAUAUUGAGGGGGAGCAUCUCGACACUACAACAGAACUCAAUCGUUGCAUUCAGGAGCUUUUCCGGCUUCGCUUGGAAGGUGUCCUGCAUGCGGCAGAGCUCACCGCCAAAGUCUACUACAACCUGUCCGUCUCUAGCGCCCCGCCGAAUAUUGAUACUUUCAACGCCCUCUUGCUCGGAUUCUCACGAGCUCGUCAGCCCGAGCAAGUUCGAGACAUCAUUUCUGCUAUAAACAUUUCUCGCAUGCGACCCAAUGAAGUGACGCUCGCCACGAUCCUUCGUUUCUUCACAGCUACUGGCGAUAGCGCUAAUUUCACGCAAUGGUUCGCAUUGAUUCGAGGCUGGUAUGGUGGGCUCGACUUGGCCCGCCCUGACAUCGUGGUCAACCGAGCAGGUGCAGAUCGCUUGAUUGAUCAUCGCAACGGUGCGCGAACAGGCAAGGUCUGUCAAUUACCAGCACCUACCCCUAUGGUCUUUGGCGCCAUCAUUCGAGGUAUCUUGAAAUUUGAUGGAUUUUCUGCCGCCCUACAACUUUGCGAAAUCAUGGGCGAGGAAGGCUGGCGCCUCGGCAUCAGUGGCCUUGCACCUUUACUCAAAGAUUGUGCAACGAGAAAAGACCUUGAUGCUGGUCGUGCUGUUUGGCAACAAAUCCAGAAACGCAGAGCCGCCAAGCUACGAUUGCGGGCUUCCGGUGAGCGGACGCCUGUGAUCCAUAUAGACACAUACGCAUCAAUGCUGCGCCUCUGCUCUCGCUGCAACGAGCAAGAUCUAUUCGCGCAGGUGCUGGAUGAAGCGAAGAACGAGCAUGGCAUCACCUAUGCAGAUCUGACUAAACUGGUCAAGAAUGCACUGAACGAUCCGCCUGUAUUUAAUUAUGCGGACGGAGUAGAGCCGAAUAAGUACACAGAGCCGGGGAUAUACGACGACGACUUGGCCGAUGUCGCGACGAUGAACUACGACAACUCCAUUGGAGCAGAGCCCCCCCCUGCAACGUCCGGGCGGCAUCAAAAAGGGAAACGCGCCCAGGAGAACAUCCGCGAUGCUGCGCCGCAAAUACAUCCACGACGUCCUGUGAACGCUCACCCGGAGCGCAUCCACCUCAAACCCAUCACCUCAGCAGAAUUCACCACCCUUGUAACAACACCGCUUCCACAGCCCUCCGACUCUCAAUUCACGGUUGAUUACUCCGGCAUUUGUCUCUUUCCCGAUGAAGUGAUCCCGCUCGAGGACCCGCCCUCCGCUUUCGAAGAAUCAGAACCUUAUAUUAAAGAAGCUCUUGCCCGCCAAGAUUCUGCGCCUGAGCUGUUGACAAAGCUCGACCCUUCAGCAAAAGCCAAAGAGCCUAAUGCCGAGACACCCGCUGGUACCGACCUCUCCGAGCCAUCAACAUCUUCUAAUUCGAGCGUGGGAGACCCUCCAGCUCCGCGGUUCACAAUCCGCAAGGCGUACGGCGAGGAGAUUUUCACGCGCCCGCCGAGUUUCUUGGGUUCGUACUACGAUGAUCGACGACAGCAUUAUGGGAGGUUGAGGGAACAGUGCUAAAGAUUGAAACUUCAAAUCCUCAUUUGGUCUAAUAAAUGAAAACCGAUAGGUCUAAUUUUCAGGACUUUGCUUAGUAUAUUUACGACGAAUUUAUAUAUCCCUUGAAAAAUUACUCGAUAUCUGCUCUGUGUGAGUGAUCUUCAUUCCUUAGUCCCAAUGUCAAUUUGCCGACUCACUGUGAGUCCAGUCGCCACAGCAUCCGUUUGAGCAAGAGAUGAUUAUCCCCAAAAGACAUAAACCAGAUGUGAUAGU